AGGGAAGUGGAACAGCUGCUGCCACAGUUGUGUCGAUUACAUUUUCUAUGAUACCAAGCUGUAAUUUCCUGAGUUCUUAAGAAAGCAGUGGAAUUUCACAAACUGAAGCUUACAAAGUGAACUAGAGCUGGGAGGGCUGUUGAUAUGUUCCACUAGCCUGUUCAAUGCUAUAUUUCACUCUGGGUUCUGCUGCCAUCCCAAGUCUACAAUCUCUACCGUCAGUUUGCAGGUGGCAUGGAUAUCUUCCACACGGGUGAUUUCUUCUGGAUGUUGGCACUUGCGAUCCCAAUCCUGGUGGUUCUAUUGGUACUGUGUACUGAUUGCCGUGACCCUGAUUUAGACACUCCUGCUAUUGAUGACUACCAAUACAAGCCAUCCACUAAUAUUCAUUCCCAGACUUUCAGAGUGUUGAGGCGUCCUCCCUCGCCACCUUGGUCUGCCAUCCAGUCCCAGCCAGAUUUGCAGAGCACAGGCUCUGCAUACAGCUUUUGUACUCAGGCACCUGCAUUCAUCAAAAUUGAGGAUAAUGAAAGUGUUCCCAGUUAUGAAAAUGAAGAAUUACCUUGCCCCACUGAUGAUGAUGAAAAUUAUAUUCCUGGAUACAUAGAGGUGUUGCCUGAUGUUCCAAUCACAGAACAGAGGAACAAAGAUCGUGCCUCGUCUGAAUCCAUAAUGGACCAAUAUGAAAAUGUGCCUGAGUCUCAACGGCAUUCACUUGGUGAAUAUGUGAACGUACUAGAGCCGGAACCGAUCAUACUAGAUCCUUGUUUUGUUGGCACUAGUGAUCGAGAAAGUGAAGAUGAUGUUCCAGACUAUGAGAAUGUCUGUUUUGGACUUUGAGGUUGAAAGGAGGAUUUCAAAGGAUCAGUUUUGCAUUGGUGGAUCUAUUCAUCUUUGGGAAGGAUGGAUCACCACGCAGGACACCUUCUCCUGAACAACUUCCAAUUUUGCCAUAUCCUAUUUUUUUUCUCCCUUGCACUUUGGAUGACACAUCCUGAGAAUUCCUCCCAAUUAUCAGUAGCAGUAUUUCGAUGGACUUUUCCCAAAGCAAUUCAAUGUUGCUUUUAAGUUUGGUUGACUAAUAAAGAACCAAGAA